UUUCCCCCCGUUCACUGCCGGGCUUGGGGGGCAGGUAAGGGGGCCCGAGAAGGGGCUCUCUCUUCUUUCCCUCCCAGACCCAGGGUGCGAGGAGCAGCAGAGGCUGGAGGGGAAGUGACUUGCUCAAGGUCACACCAGGUCCCUGGCAGAGGGAGAAUAAAACCCAGGUUUCCUGGGCCAGUGCCCUGUUCGCUGGACUGGGCUGGCAGGGCGAAUGGCAGCCCCACGGGGUUUCUGUUAGACGCCCGGAAGGCGAUCGGUGUGUACCCUGUGUUUGUUUCCUGCAUUUCUGUCUGUGAAGUAGGAAUGCCCAGACCUGAAACAAGAAUCUGAGAGUAGGUGGAAAUGAAAUCUUUUUACAAAAGCUUGAGGUCACAGUUGAGCACAGGUGCUCUAUCCUGCUACUCUGUUACUCAUAGGCUACGUUUUAGCUCACGUCAUGGUAGCCAAGGGGCUGUCGGUGUGCCCCCCAUUUGAAGGGUGGAACACAGACAAGGAGGUUCAUGGUCUGAGCACAGGAUCAGGAAUCUGCGUCCCAAUUCCAUAUCUGUCAUUGACCCUCUUGCUCCAUGACUCUGCACAAACUGCUUAGCCUUAGUCUCAGUUUUCCCAUCUGUACAAGGAUUAAUAACUGACCCUGCCUCACAGGGAUGUUUGUGGGGCUUAAUCAGUUAACAUUUGUAGGGCACUUUGAAGGUGAAAAGUGCUAUUUAUGUCCUAAGAGUGAGGUUGCACAUCCCAGGAUCCUUAUUACAAAAGCCAUGAGAAACGUGACCAUUUUAACAAGUCUAUCUGAUGUGCUAUAGGAAGGUGAUACCCUAUUUUGACAAACACUGAAUUAAAUUGAGUGCAAACAGUCUGCACGUUAACAAUGUGUAGGGGAUGGGAUUUCUAAAGAUUUCUCAAUUCUUCUGAUGUGCUUUGGAAACAUAAACAUGAAGUAUCAAUAAAAGGAUUUCCAGAGUUCUUGAAUAUCUGAGCCACAGAGAAGAAUUUGAAGCAUGUUAAUGUGAAAACAGUUCCCGCAUUUCCUUUAUUUUAGAUCAAGUCUUUAGGAGUUAACGAUCACUAUAUUGAUUCACAGAUACUGGGUGUGAAUGAAAAACAGAACUUGCCUGAGGAAAAUUAUGAACUUGGACAGUAUUCCUUGUGCUCUGGGUUUUCCCAGCUGGAGUGAGAUGCUUUCAGUUGACAAACAUUAAGUUACUCAGGUUGACAAAAGGAUGAGCUCCAGAGAUACAUCUGAAAACGGUCACCUCAACUUGAACUGUGUGCUUCCUGGCAAGGGCCAGAACCCAACAGAGUGUGAGCCGCUCAGCAUGGUGGAUGUGGUACCCCGGGCAGCACAGGAAAGGCUCAGGAUUUCGGAGCAGGACCUCAUGAACAGUGUUGAGAUGCAAAUGAAAGUGGACUUCUUCCGCAAACUGGGCUACUCAUCAGAAGAGAUCUAUAUCGUCCUCCAAAAACUGGGCUUAAAUGCUGACACCAAUACGGUCCUUGGGGAGCUUGUGAAGCAUGGUGCUGCAGCUACUGACAGAGAGACUACCGACCCCUCAGAGGAGGCCGUAGAAGCCCCAUUGGUACCUCGUGGGGGACUUACCAACAAAACGCCUGCACUUGUGCCACCGUUGGAGGAGAAGGAAGGCAAUAACUUAAAACCCAUUGUUAUUGAUGGAAGCAAUGUGGCAAUGAGCCAUGGAAAUAAAGAAGUGUUCUCCUGCCGAGGUAUCCUGCUAGCCGUUCACUGGUUUUGGGACAGAGGACACCUAGAUAUCACAGUCUUUGUGCCAUCCUGGAGAAAAGAACAGCCAAGACCAGAUGUGCCCAUCACAGACCAGCACAUUCUCCGUGACCUUGAAAAGAAGAAAAUUCUGGUCUUCACUCCUUCCAGGCGGGUUGGAGGCAAACGCGUUGUCUGUUAUGAUGACCGCUUCAUUGUGAAACUGGCAUACGAGUCUGAUGGCAUCGUGGUUUCCAACGACACUUACCGUGACCUGCAGAAUGAGCGUCCGGAAUGGAAGAAGUUCAUUGAGGAGCGCUUGCUGAUGUAUUCGUUUGUUAACGACAAGUUUAUGCCUCCAGAUGACCCCUUAGGGCGGCAUGGCCCCAGCUUGGAGAACUUCCUGAGAAAGAAACCUUUGGUGCCAGAACACAAGAAACAGCAGUGCCCUUACGGGAAGAAAUGCACUUAUGGGAUUAAGUGUAAAUUCUAUCACCCUGAAAGGAUCAACCAGCCACAGCGCUCUGUAGCUGAUGAACUACGGGCCAAUGCAAGGCUGUCCCCAACCAGAAGCCCCACCAGCACUGCCAAAGAGGAGAAAAAGAGCAGGAGACCUUCCCAGGCAGAGCUCCUCUGCUCUGUGUCCGCAGACAGCGACAAAGGCUCUGGGCAGAAGGUCUCCAUGGAGAGGAAAAGCUCAGCCCAAAAAGCAAAACCUAGUGACAGUCCCCUCCUAAUCCAGGGGGGUUGUGCCUUGGGCAGUGUCCCCUCUAACAAUGGCAGCUAUCGAUCGUCUGACUGGUACCAGCACCCUCCUCCUUCUCCCCAUAUGGACUCUCUCCCUUACAUCUCUCAGGAGCAUCUUGACUCAGGCAUUGGAUCCCUUGAGAACCAAAUGUCUGAGAUGUGGCCUUGCAGAUCUACCAGUCACUGUGAGCAUUCCCACCCCGAACAGAUGGCAGUCUGUACCUGCAGCAGACAGAGACCUGUCUACCAGCACUCUCCUAGUGUAGAGCAGGACACCCUUGGCCACUAUAAGCACGGCUCUCGCAAAUCGGUCUCCUCUGUUACUAGCUACUUGCCAUAUAGUGCUGAGAACUCUCACACGAGGUCCUCUCAGUCUUUCCCAGGCUAUGGAGUGCCUGUACAUCCAGCCGGUACUGGGCAUUAUAGCAUUCCCAAUGAGUAUAACACCCCAGCACAUCAUCUUCGUGAAUACUGGUCUGAGCCGUACCAAAUGCCUCCCACACCAACACGACCUAGCAACAUUAGAGACCCUCACCCAUUGCCGAGAGCCCCAGGGCCAGCGUACAGUGACCACUGCCAGUGGGCCCUGCCGGACCACUUUGCAGAAGAGCGAGCGAAUGUGCAUGUGAAACUCUGUGGCAUAUUCCACCCCCAUUUAGUAGAUGCUGUGAUGAGCCGUUUCCCUCAGCUGCUGGAUCCCCAAAGACUAGCUGCUGAAAUACUGACGUACAAGUCUCAGAACCCAGGGAUGUGAGGCAGACUAUGUGCUGGGAGUCCUGGGAGCAAUGUCUCUCCUGUGGACCGCUCAGCAUGUCUGCCUCCGUGAGGGUUUUCACCUUCCUCUGAAGCACCAGGUCCAAGAUGAAGGCCAGAUACCAGACUCAGUGGGCCAAUGGCGUACUCUGGUGUGGCCAAUUCUAAUGCACCUCACAAAAUGGCUUGUGAGGAAACUCUCCCAUACUCCCCUAGAUUAGCAGGAAUCUGGGGAAAGGAGGUGGAUUUUGCCUUUCUCAGGAGCACAGAGCAGGGAUUCCCCUGUAGGAGUAGGUGGGUCUGUCUUGCCCAUUGAGCUCCUGCAAUUGUCAGUUGGGCACUUUGGACCCUGGUUCUUCCCAUUAGCCUGCAACAUUCAAAGCAGCGUAGCACACGGUCAAAUGUACGGCAUUUCAUGGGAAAGAUCUGAGUGAGUGGGGUCUGUGGGGUUACUCUGAGAUGGUGCCUUUUGCAAUACGUGUCUGUGUAACUACAUGUCGGGAAAGGCUGGAGCCUGUGCUCCUUGUCCAGUCUGCUCCCUACUUCCUAACUGAGCUGCUUGCCUUGAGUUCCCAUCGGGUAACUUCAUUUGGUCCUUGUGAGGAAGCGGCAGAUUCAAUUUCUGUAUGUGAAAAACCAGAUUCCAGUAGAUGACUCGAGUCCACUUUUACGGCCUUUCCCUUCCCUACCCACCCCUAAUAAGUUGGCCUUAUGUGGGGCCACUCGUCGGUGAAUAGGGCAGCUAUUUCGCCUGCUGCAGGGCUCCCACUAAUCAGAAGAGUGAGGCGUUUCAUCUUCUCUCCGCUUGCCUGGAAGGGCCUGGCACUGCACCAAACCUGCAUUCUGGACUCGAGCCUCGUCUCCUGCACUUUCUCCACCAAAACUACAUUCUGUACCAAAAUUCAGAGAAGAGCAGGCUUGUGCCGCUCUUCUAAAACCCUGGUCUUCCCUUAUGCCUCGCCGUGGGGUCUGUAUAGUGCUGAGGCCUGGAAUGCCUGUGGUGUUACCUCCCCCUUUGUCAUCACCCCACCAUAGCUGUGAGGAUCAGUAAAACAAUGUGACUGAGGUCCCACUUGGACUUGCACGUUGUGUCUGCCCUUUUGCCACUACAGUUUUGAUGGGUCCUCCAAAUUCUUGGCAAUGUUCAGUAUUUUCUCUUUGAAUUUGCCACACCUUUGCCCUUUCACUCCUAUAUUUUCUCUCCCCACCCCCACAAGCACCCUUCAGAUUCACAAGAUAUCCAAAGCUGUGUCAUUUUCUUUGACGAAUGGACCCUCUUCAGUCUGUUUCGGUUAAGGAUAUCUUUGGUGACUUGUAGAUACUGUAACUAAAAUUUUAAGAUAUACAAAAACAAAUACGGUAGCAAUUGAUUCUGGUCCCAGCAUUUUAUUUAGGGUACAAAGGAACCUUUCAGUUGCGGGCCAGAAGCAGUUGACUUGUUGAUGCACAUUGUAUCUGUGUGGUGAUGUUUUUUUAAUUAUGUCCAUCUUGUGGUUAAAUCAAGGUCCUUCUAAGUGGCAAACCCUGAGCGGGAGAACUGAGCACAGAGCAGGCUGACACCCCACUUCUCCGUGGUGUGCUGGAGGCUGUUCUGUUAGCUGGUUCUUACCGCUCAGAUUUCCAGUGGAUGGCCUAGCCAAAUUGGCACCAUGUGCCAUGGAGACCACAAGGACACAGAAACCCUGUAUACCUGGUUAAUUAUGAUACAUUACAAAACUGUAAUGUUUCAUGUUAGUAAGCAAAAUGCUUCUUAAUCUUAUGUAACCUGAUAACUUUGCAUAUUUGUAAAUUACAGGAAAGAUGGUUUUUAAUGGUAUUGUCCAGAAACUUGCUUGAUGAUACUAUUUUACUUAGUACUGUACUUAACGCAGCCAUUAUGUGUUAGUGGUGUUUUCUGGAAAAGUUAGUAGCAAUAUAUACUUAGAUACUUUUAUACUUAAAGUUGACAUUUAUUGAGACUUGCUGUAUCACUUAGAUUCCACACAGUCAGCUAGCCCUAUGGAAGAGGCUGCCCUGUGUAUAUCAUGGCAAAAUAAGAACUUGCAUUACCCAAAUAAAAAUGGCUAAGUUGAA